AUGGACACAGUAAUUUGCACAAGCACAGCCAGCCAUCAAACACUUGAGGUCCUGCCGCCUCACUCCCUGCAGCUGGUGUCCUUGCCGGCCCCCGCCACGCCCGGCCGGGCCACGCCCAGCACAGCCGGCACGCGGGGCGCGCCGGGCGCGCGGGGCGCUCUGGGCGAGACGGCCGAUGUGUGGCGUGGCCUGCGGGCGCUGCAGGGUCAACAGCAACAGCAGGUGGAAGUCCUAGAGCGGCUGCAGUGCGAAUCCCAGCAGGACCACCUGAAGCUGUUGCAGCUGGCCACGCGCGUGGAACAUCUGGAGCUGAGCAGCCAAAGUUGGCCCAACUUCCUCCAGCGCGAGCUGGAAAGCCGGCUGCUGCAAGAGAGGGAGAUGCAACGGGUGCUGCAAACUCAAGGAGCCACCUGGAGCAUCCAGGCGGCUGAGCAGGGCCUGGCGAAGUUGGAGGCCACGGUGCAGGGCUUGGCGCAGCGCUUCGAGGCGCGCGUGCAGCACGUGGAGAUGGGGAGCGAUGUGAAGGUGGCCGAAGGCAUCCUGCAAGCUGAGCCACUGGCAGCGGAGCAGCUGACUGCAGCAGUGGAAUCGAGAUUGACUGAGAUCCACCUGACCCUCAGGGAGCACAGCAAUGCCUUGGAGCGCAUUGCCUCAGCUCAGCACGGCUUGGAGGAUGCCAUGGCUGGGUUACGCCUCAGCUGUGCCCAGGAGUUCUCGGCGCUGGAGGGGCUUCAGGGGCUGGAGAAACGGAUGCAGACCGUGGAACGAA